UCUCCUUGCUGCUGCGCGGAGGGCGAGCGUAGGCCUCAAGGAGAAGGCAGGGAGGGCGGGCGGAGGGUCGCCGCUUGUUGCCGUCGCCGCCAUGUUCCUGUGUGCUCCCCUGCGGGCCGCGGCCGCGCGAUCGAGGACACUCAAAUUGGCAUGCUGGUGCAGUUCAUUUGAUGUGCUUCGUGUUAGUUGAUAAGGUCAACAGGCCGAGGGUCCCCUGGAAGGGGUGGCACACAGGAAUGAUCUGCAAUCCACAGAGUUGUUCAUGUAUCCCACAGUUCAUUUUGGCCUCUGACAAAGAAUGGCAGGAGAUAAAUUGCUUUCCUGGCUGCUGCUUUCAGAUGAGCCAGAAGCGGAGAGCAAAGAGGAAAUAAGACAAAUUCGAUACUUACAUAGAACAGCAGUGUGCAAUGCCAGUGGAGGAACCUUAUUUGUGCACAGAGAUAGUCCUGAAAAUAAUCCAGACACCCCAUUUGAGUUCACACCUGAAAACCAAAAGCGAAUAGAAGCAAUCAUAAACAACUACCCAGGGGGACACAAGUCUGCAGCUGUCAUGGCAGUACUAGAUUUGGCCCAAAGACAGCAUGGAUGGUUGCCCAUAUCAGCUAUGAACAAGGUUGCUGAAAUUUUAGAAAUGCCUUCCAUGAGAGUGUAUGAAGUAGCAACCUUCUAUACAAUGUAUAAUCGCAAACCUGUUGGGAAAUACCAUAUUCAGGUCUGCACUACCACACCUUGCAUGCUACGAGACUCUGAUAGUAUUUUAGAAGCCAUUAAGAAGAAACUUGGUAUAAAAGUUGGGGGAACAACACCUGAUAAACUCUUCACACUGACAGAAGUGGAAUGUUUAGGUGCUUGUGUAAACGCACCGAUGGUACAAAUAAAUGACAAUUACUAUGUAAGUAUUACAUUCCCUUUUAAAAGAAUAAACUUCUUUGCUGAGUUACUUGUAUUUUCACUUGUUUUAGAUUCUGAAGUUUUGGUCAGUUACUUUAAAUUCCUAUUGGCAGAGACAACUUACAAUGUAGAGCAUCUUUUAGUUUCUUGGCCUCUUGCUGCCAUCUGUAUCACAUCGUAGCAGUGUAUUUUUCCUUUCAGUUACUGUCUUGAUUUAUACAAGUGGGGUGAUGCAUUUUUGUGACAGUGGUCUGCCCCUAAAUCUGGAAUUUGUAAAAAGGUAUUUGAUAAGCUUUUAAAAGUACUUUAAAGAAGUCUGUUGGAAAGCCUGGACUGGUUUAACACUAUUUUUGAACUUUUAGACUUCUGAAUUACAGUUUACUUGGGAUGCCAUAGACCAAAGGAAUUAAUGUAUUGACUGAAUCCAGCUUUUUAAAAAAAACUUAUUUUUAAAAUAUUUUAUCACAGUCUGAUUAAUUUUUUGAGAACUGUUGUCUUGAUCUGUACCCACAAUUUUUUUUUGGUCACAGUUGACACCGUUUUGCAGGAUGUGCAGUGGCAUGUGUAUAGUGGGUCAGCAGAGAUCAGCUCACUAAUGUAUCAAGGAAGCUGAAAACACAUAUGUAAAACAAAAAUUUUAACAUUAAAAUGACAGUAGGCUUUUUAAUUGUCCUAAUUCUUUAAACCAGUAUGUGUGUUUAUGGACAGGAUCAAAAUUACCUAUGCUAGGAUCACACCCAAGAGAGCCACUCAUGUGAUGAAUUUUGAAUCCUGCAGUUAACAGAAUUGCUGAUUCUUUUUCUGUUUUGUCCAUAAUUUUUU